GGAAGAGCCUCCACCCCAAAGCUCGCAGAUCUUCGGUCAUCUGAGCGAGAGCGGUCUUCCUUGUGUCAAAGUGUGGUUGUUCCACCAUGGCGCAUCUUGCUGUGACAAUCGACGAGGAAAUGCUCAAUGUGCUCAUGGUACGAGCAGGCAUGACGAAGAACGGGGACGCAAUCACGUGUUUCGUGUGCCGGUGCUCAGGAGGAGAAGGGGGUGUCUGGGAUGAGCGCCAUCAAGGCACUGCAGGCCACAAACAAUGAGAGUGGUAGGUGGGUGAUGCGUCACAGCACGACUUUCUUACUGCAUCUGCAUUCGAUCGUGUUUGUGCAGUUGAAGCGGCGAUGGCGUGGUUGUCUGAGCAUGCCAAUGAUGCCGACCUGGACAAACUCACAGGCAACAUGCUGGCGGGAGGCAGUGGAGCCACCGCAUCGACCACGCCAAGUGAGGCGUGCAACAACAGGACAUGUGUAAUGAGUAUGUCUGUGGCGUGUGUGUGUGUGUGUGUGUCAGGCGGCCCUCCCCCCACAGACAACCCACCACACGUCAAGGAGAGUCUCAACCAAGAGGUCAGGAGAGCGGCGUGCAGUACAGGAACAGUAAACAGUAUUGCACCUGUGCCAUGUCAUGUGUGUGUCAGUGGUUAAAGGAGCUGCUCGACAUGGGUUUCGCGAACAUCCCUGCAGAGAAGGCCCUCUACCUCACCCAGAACGCAAGCCGUAACAGAGCACAAAACGGCAGGGGACCCAUCCACAGCUUUCUCUCUCUCUCUCUCUCUGUGUGUGUGUGUGUGUGUGUGUGUGUCAGUCGAGGCGGCCGUCAACUGGCUGAGUGACCACCAAGCGGACAUGGACUUCGAUACACCCAUCAUCGAGCAACAACAGCCACAACGUACGUGACUUAGAGAGGGAGACGGCCUUAUGCGUUACAUGAGUGUGAACACGCGUGUGUGUCAUGUGUGUGCAGCGAGUCGGCCGAAGUUGUCUCCCGAGGAAGCCCAGAAGAAGGCCUAUGAGCUGCAGAAGAGGCUCAGAGAGGUGUGCGCCUUGUAGUGUCCACGCAGAAAAAACACCCCACACACACAGUGUGCAUGGUUGUUGGUGGCUGCACUGCAGGAGCGCGAGAAGCGGGAGAAGCAGGAGGCGAUCGACAAGGAAAGGGCGAGGAUCGAGUAAGCCGCGGGACCACUGACAUGACCCAACAUGCCUAUGUGCAUGCUGGUGUGCGCCCCGUUGGUUGUGUCAUCCGUCGAUCAGGGGCUCCAAGGCUCUGCAGGAGGCGCAGCGCAAGCUGGAUGAGCAGCAGAGGAAGCGCGACCUAGACGAAAUCAAGAGGGAAAAGGAUGUGAGCCAUAUUGCACCGCACCCGGCACAUGCACACACAGCCACACCUAUGGACGCCCGCUGGUGUGUGUGUGUGUGUGUGUGUGUGUGUCAGGAGCAUGAGAAGGAGAAGAAGAGGCAGAAGGAGCUGCUCAAGCGGGAGUGGGAGGAGCGAUUCGGAAGACCGGUACAGACAGACACUCACACAGACACGUACAAAAGUAGCCAUUGAUGGAUGCUGACCAGCACACAUGCAUCUGCGUGUGCACGUCUGAACACACACAUCUGUGUCAUGUCAGUACCCCGAGGGCGAGGAGGUUGACGAGAAACAGAAGGAGGACGAAGUUUCCAAGAAGAGCAAAAAGGACCAGGUGAGCUCAAGAGACGAUCCGCACACCGCUCGCACACCACUUGACGCAUGUUGUCUGUCUGUGUGGUGGUCGCAUCUGUGUCAGAUCAUCUACUGGGUCAAUAGGCUCAAGAAGAACUACAAGGUGAGUGACCACCGCGACAAACGGAUGAAGAGAAAGCCUGCAGGCACAGUGCUGUCUGUCAUCUCUCUCUCAUUGUCAGGACACGAAUCCUGCCGGCCUCAAGACCUGCCUGCAGACCAUCCGACUGUACGUCGACAACGCGGCCAAGAACCCCACCGACAAGAAAUACCACCGAAUCAAGUUAGUGAGCGAGGAGAGAGAGAGAGUGGGGCGGAGGCCAGGGUGCGGAGCUGAUGUGUGUCUGGUUUGUUUGUCUGUGUGCGCGCGCAGAAAGGAGAACAACGCCUUCAAGACGCGCGUGGCCGUGUUCUUUGAAGCGAUUGAGCUGCUCAAGGUGGUCGGCUUCGUAGACGAUGGUGAGGAAGGCACACAAGUCACUAGGUUCCUGUAAGGGCGAGUAUGAUUCGUGGACUGUGUGUGUCCUUGGCGCAGGUGGUGAGUUCUACGCCAUCGAUGGCAUCCCUGACGGCUUCCACUGCGGCCAGGCCAUCAAGUUUAUCGACCUCAUCAUGCCCUCCCUCUGACGCGACAGACACACAGACAAAGAGAAAAACAGCAGCAGACUUUCCCUUCUUUAUGGUGACGUAUUCGAGAGAGAUGUCGUGCGAGUCCAUGAUCUCGUGUUGCUCCUCCCUCCUGUUGGUUUUUCCAUGGUCGGUGGGCUCGGAAUGUCGACGCUGGCCUGACAGACACGAAAGGCGGGAACACACCGGAUCUGGCAUAUUUGGUGUGUCGGAUUGGGCCCAUGAGUGGCAUGCGGUACCGACUCGGACUAGCAACGCAGCCGGCACAUCACAAUUGGCACGUCACGAACUUACGAACUCGCCGCCGGCGAGAAUCUCGCGAUGCGCGAGACGGCGAGACGCCAAAAAA